AUGUAUCAAAAAAAUUCGAUAAAGAGGAUUAGGGAAAUUGAUGCCUUAAUUGCAAAAGACCCUCACUUCUUACAAGUCAAGGGUGCCGAAAUUCAAUUAAAAUCUUUUGCAUAUAAGAUUACAACCGAACAUCCAGAGCAAAUUCCAGAAGGAUAUCAAAAUCCAAACGUUUUCCAAGUGUGUCAAGGAGAAAUAUCUCCACAAUUAUCAGAACCGAUAAUAAUUUUAGUGUGCAAACAUAUAUUCCACAGAAGAUGUGUUGAAGAAGAUUGUCCAGCAUGCAAAUAUCCAGAAGAAUCAGAUCAUCAUGAUCACAACGAUGAUGAAGAUGGUUACGAAGACAUCAAAGCAAAUUCCUCAAGAAAAAAUUUAGAUUCUUCUGCCGACACGCAUGGUUUUUCUGCCAGUUCAGAUGGAUCUUCUACUCAAGAUCACAGUGAUGACGAACAAUCAGAUCAAAAUAACAAAGGAAAAAAGAAAAUGUUUAGAUUUUGUAAUAAUAAAAUUUCAAUUAUUAAAGAAUUUUCAUCAUCAAUUCCAAUUAUUUUUAUUAAAAAUGAUACAAUAUCAAGAUCAACCAAAUUAAAUAGAAAAUUUAUCACAAACAACACCAACAAUAAAGACUUAAUUUUCACAAAUAAUAAAAAUCAAUUAAAAUCUUCUUCCCAAUUAUUUAACAAUAGUAAAUUUUUGAAUAAAAAAUUUUUUUUCUUCUUACCAUCUGGAUAUCCUUAUGAUGAAAUCCUCGAUGUUCAUGAGAUUUUAGAAACUUAUUCAGAUAAAGCUCUGGAUGAUCCACAACAAAAACAUUAUCAUCUUAAUAGUAAUAAACCAAUCAAGGGAGACUCACCAAAUCAAAAAUAUCAUGGUAGUUUAGCUGAUCUUAACAUUAAUCGAAGUCCUGGAAACCUUGAAAGUAGUGAUGCUAAAAACAAUCCCAGAGGUAGCCCUGGAGGAAUAAGUGGAGGUGGUAUGAGAAUUAGACAUGACCGUCGCAAUUUUAGAGUUUUUAUUGAUACCUUAUUUACUCCACGUGUAAAAGAUGCAGUAUUCAGUACUAUACUUGGAUUGACUGUCAUUUUUCUAGGCGGUGUCUUGUAUCAAUCAUGGUAUGAGUGGCAUGAAGGUCGUAAAGUAUUAAAAGCAUUCACCGAUUCACUACCCUCGCUAAGACCAAAAAUGAACUACCUAGAGAAAGAUGAAUACAAGAGUUUGUUUCAUGCAAUAGCAGGUGAUACAAAAGGAAUAUAUUAUUUGUUGGUGGGGGAGAAUGGGACAGGAAAAUCACAAAUUGUGUUUCAGGCAAUGGAUAGAUGCAAUCAGUUUGGUAUAGUGUUUUGUGAGGCUCAUUCAAACCCGGAAAUAUUUAAAGUACGAUUGGGUAGAUCGUUGAAUUAUACUUAUAGAGAAGAUUAUAUUGGUGGAUUGUUUGCUAGAGAAGCUCCGGAACGAGGCUCAGCAUUGUUGGAUAUUGAGAAGGCGCUGAAUGUUGUUGAGGAGGCAGCAUACAAAUAUAAAGGCAAGUAUGAUAAACCACUUGUGCUCAUAAUCAACAAUAUUCAUUCGUUAAAAGAUGAUGAAGAUGGUGAAGAUAUGUUGGAAUUGUUACAACAAAGAGCCGAAUCAUGGGCUUCAAGUGGUGUUGUCACUAUGAUAUUUAAUACUGAUGAUCAUUGGGUUUAUGAAAGGAUGAGAACAGAUGACUCACAUAUGGAGGUUAUUAAAGUGCAUGAUUUAAAUAAAGAUGAGGCAAUUGAAUUCCUGAAAGAUAAAAGAAACGGACGUGAACCUGAAGAAGUAUUGGAGAAAAUUGUGGAUGAAUGUGUUGGCGGUAGACUAUUAUAUUUAAAUAAAUUGGCUAAAGCAGACGACGUAGAUUUAUUUGAGGCAGCAAAUAGAUUAAAGGAAGAACAGAAAACUUGGCUGAUAAAUUUGAUUGGUUUAAUUCCAAAUUUUGAUGGAUUAGAAAUUGAAUCACAACGAUAUGCAGUAGCAGCUUGGAAAUUGAUUCGAGAACUAGUUCGUUCACCAACCAAAACUAUUUCGAUAAUUGAAGGUAGAUCAAUAAUUGGUAAUUCAAGAUAUUUGAAGAAAUUGGAUCAUGAUGGAAUAAUAAUGAUUGAUCAGGACAAUCAGAUAAAACCAGACUCACAGAUUAGUUAUGAUAUUUUCGAAGAGAUGAUCCAAUCGCCGGAUUUCAACAAGAUAUUGAAAAAAGUUGAUCAGAGAUUAAUGAAAGCUGAUAAAAUUAUUUGGGAUAAUGGAAAUAAAUGGUGGAAAUUUUGGUGA